CUUCUAAAUCGCUUGCUCCUUCCUUUCUUGUAAUAAUAUCGCGCUAAAAGAAUGCCUGAUUAUCAAAAAGCUACAACACUUCGAUACCUCGACACACGAGAAAGCAAAUUAAUAUACGUUGGGAAUAUAGAUCCUGACUAUUGUGUUUUUCAUGGCAGCGCUCAGGUACAGUUUCAUACCUCUUAGAAAACUUCUAUCAUAACCAUUCAGGUACAACUAGGCACAGCAGUCGCUAAUCUCUUUUCUUUGCACGUACCUAUAUCCCAUCAGGGUGGGUACCUCGUUGCAAUGGCGAUGGAUGCUAUUCUACGAUAUACACCCGACCGACGUAUUGUCGCGGUGAACUCGUUCUUUUUCAAACCUGGUAAUGCAGGUCCAUGCAUUGUGGAAGUGAAAGAGCUCAAAUCUAGCGAGCGGAAUUUUUGUGUUGCUCAAGUUGUUCUCAAGCAACAUCAACAACCGCAACAGCAACUAUUAUCCAGCAUUGACGACUACAAUCCAUCAUUAUACACUGCCAAGCUUCACACUAUCAUAACUACAGCAAGUAGUAGUUACGAUAGUGCAUCGUUUCAUAUCAUGAACAACGAUCCAGCUUCGCCUGUGUUCGACAACAAUAUGCAGCCUAGUCCUAUUAUGGAACUCUUUUUGCGUGCAUCCGAUGUCAUCACCAUUUACGAGAACCACGAGCGCAGUUACGAAGGAGAAGUUUGGCAUGCACUUGAAUGGCCACAUACAAGUGAUGGACAGCAACUGAUUGACAUCAAAAGCCUUGCCUGUUUCGCUGACCUAUUAAAUAUCACUAAACCAUAUGCCCAACAUAACGAGCUGGUACGAUUGCCGAGAAUGACGCUCCAAAUGGAGAUCAAAUUCCGUCCACUUCCAGUAAACCCAAUCCAGCGUGUACUAGCUAAAGUUAUUAUGAGUGAUCUCAUUGAUGGCUUUAUAAAUGGGGAUGUGUGGCUAUUUGAUCAGAAUGGUUAUUUACUUGCUAAUGUGAGACAUCAAAUGGCAGUUGAAACGGCGCAGCCAGCCAAGAAAAAAGCGAACUUAUAGAACUCUUUUAUAUAUAAACUUGCCUAUCCACCACAAGCAACGUUUCGAUAACCUUUAAACAUCAUUGUUUCUUUUUACUUGUGGCUGUAUUGAUGAACUGUUUACAUCGGUGUGGGGAUAUUGAACGAUGAAAGGAGCGGGAGCUGUAUAUGUGAUUACAUCAUAG